AAAACGGAUUUUCUUAAAUCAAAAGUGAAACAGGCGAGAGAAAAGCUACCAUUUUCGUCACUUCUCAAAAAUAUUUGAGAUGAGUAGCCCUUCCCAAGCCCCAGUAUUUGGUCGCGCGAAUAGUUCGUAAAUGAAAUAGUGAAAGCAUGGAAAAUCAGUUGGAAGUUUUAGCUGGGUGUUAUGAGCAAAUUUUGUUUGGUUAUCGGGUUGACAGGAAUGGAGAGACCUGGUCACCGGUAGCUGACUUUACACAUCAUGCACAUACUGCUUCUUUGUCCGCAGUGGCUGUAAGCGACAGAUACAUUGCAACUGGCAGUAAGGAUGAGACCAUCUAUAUUUAUGACAUGAAAAAGAGAGUUGAACAUGGCACCUUGUUACAUCACCAUGGUACAAUUUCCUGUCUUGAAUUUUAUGGCAAUACUCAUCUGAUCAGUGGAGCUGAAGAUGGUCUGAUUUGUAUUUGGAGCACAAAAAAAUGGGAAUGUCUCAAAAGCAUCAAAGCUCAUAAAGGCCAUGUGACAUCUGUUUCUGUACACCCAUCUGGAAAAUUGGCUCUAUCAGUGGGAAGAGACAAAACUCUGAGGACAUGGAAUUUAAUAGAAGGCAGAUCUGCGUUUAUAAAGAAUAUAAAGCAAGAAGCGCACAUAGUACAGUGGUCUCCAAAAGGAGAGAAGUACAUUGUGGUUGUAAACAACAAAGUCGAUGUUUAUCAGCUUGAGACUGCAUCUCUCUCUGGCAGCAUCACAAAUGAAAAAAGAAUCUCAUCUGUUAGUUUUUUUACAGAAUCUAUUCUUGCUGUAGCUGGUGAUGAAGAAUUUGUAAGGCUUUAUGACACUGACUUACAGCGAUGCCUUCUUGAAUUUAAAGCACAUGCAAAUAGGGUAAAAUCAGUCUACUGUUUUGAAAUUGAAAAUUCCAACAUCAUUGUUACUGCAUCAAAUGAUGGCUUCAUUAAGCUGUGGAAGCUGAACAAGGAAAUUUUUAGUUCUCCAGUUCUUCUUGGUGAAGUGAACACAGGAGCAAGGAUAACAUGCCUAACCGUAUGGCUGUCAAGUCUAAAUGAGAUGCCCCUAAAAUCUGGAAAUGUUGCGCAACAGCCUGAAGAAAAAAAUGAAACUAAGCCAUUCGUCAAGAAGUUGUCGUCAAAACCUGCAGUUACAGAAGCCAUUCACAAAUUGCAGGAUACAGAGAGUCACUGUCAAAGAAAAAAAAGAAAAACAGAUGAUCAGACAACUAAGAAAAAGGCAAAAUUAAGCUGAGAGGAUAUUUCCUCUGCUGUUCAUCUUAAUUGGUGCCUUGCUUGUGUGUGCCUGUUUUGAACAGAAUGAAUUAAACAGUAUGUUAGCAUACCUUGUAAGACUGUUGCCAGAAUCGAUAUAGAUGAAAUGAAAUAUUGAAGUUUGAUCUGAAAAAUGCAUUUCGUGUGUAUCAAAAAAAUACACUUGUGUCUCCAAUAAAGCAGGAGGGCUAGCAAAAUUCUGGUUUCUGUUGAAGUGAUACAGACAUAUGUUUGUAAAGUGCAGAACUGUAGUUGUGACUAUUGUUAAGUCACAUUCACAGCCGUAUCCUCUAGAACCCAAUGCCAUUCCCCAGUCUGGCAACCCUCAGCUAUCUUAACUGUUAGUUGAAGAAAAAAAAGUACUCCCUGAUAAUGACACUCCUUGUAUUAUGAGCGAGCCAGGUCAGGUCAGUGUCCUUUUUUUCUGAUGGGCACUCCUCAACAGAGCAGAAAAAAAGUCC